UCCCUUCCGUCGAAGUGCCUCACUCUGUCUCUGUCGUUUAGAUAGACGCCGGAAACGGUACAUUCUACACAUAACCAAGUUCAGCCUACCUGGUAGCCAUCAGUUCGAAGAAGAAGAAGAGAAAAACGACGCCGCUCAGCCCAGCCCAUGAUCAUGGCCUUCUCGUCCCGCCUCUUGUCCAAAUCCAAACAGUUUUGUGGUAGCCAAAUCACCUUGCAGCAGACUCAUGCUAUUCCAGUCCGCUUCUUUGCCAAACAAGGAUCCCCUGCUCUUAAGGGAGAUAACAUGUUGAAGGGAAUCUUUUUUGAGGUUAAGAACAAAUUUGAGACAGCCUUGGGGGUACUUCGAACGGAGAAGAUCACCAUAGAUCCGGAAGAUCCAGCUGCAGUUGCUCAGUAUGCCAAGGUUAUGAAGACAAUAAGAGAAAAGGCAGAUUUGUUCUCAGAAUCCCAAAGGAUCCAGUACACCAUACAGACACGAACUCGAGAUAUUCCAGAUGCCCGGACAUAUCUGUUGACAUUGAAGGAAAUACGAAUCAAGAGGGGUCUCACGGAUGAACUUGGUGCGGAGGAAAUGAUGUUUGACGCACUGGAAAAGGUUGAAAAGGAACUUAAGAAGCCCCUUAUGAGGAAUGACAAGAAAGGAAUGGCUCUUCUUAUGGCAGAGUUCGAUAAAAUCAAUAAGAAGCUUGGAAUCCGAAGGGAAGAUCUGCCCAAGUAUGAAGAACAGCUAGAACUCAAAAUUUCCAAGGCACAGUUGGAGGAGUUGAAGAAAGAUGCUCUUGAGGCAAUGGAAACUCAAAAGAAGCGGGAGGAAUUCAAGGAUGAGGAAACGGUUGACGUGAAGUCUUUGGACAUUCGGAAUUUUAUCUAAGAUCGGAGUUUGCUGUCGGCUUUACCGUUUGAAGUUAAUAAUCGUUUGGAGUCUGGACAGAGUGGAAACUACAAUUUUUGUUUGGAAGAUGGUUAUUGGAGACUACUUGUCUCCUUUUUCUUUUUCUUUUUUUUUCAUCGCUGUGCGGUAUGCCUUUAAAUUGAUAUCUGAUCAACAGAUUCAAAAUAAGUUUUUUGUACGUAUUACAAGAUUUCC